AUGAGAGAUUUGAGUAGUUUGAGCGGAUCCAUCAGUGGUUCUACGACCGACGCCUAUCUCGAAGGUGAUGCGAUCAAGGUAGAGCAUCUAUUCACCUUCAAAUUGGAUCGAUCCAUGCGAAAAACAGCCGACAAGCUGUUGGACCUUGUGGGUGAAUACGCCGAAUCCUUUCGAUAUAUUGCCAUUGGACUAGCUGCAUAUCUAUUGCUUUCUGGCAUGGCACAAUUGGUGAAUGCAGUAGGGACGAGUGAUGACUCAUCGAGUAAAAAGCACAAAAAGGACAAGUCCUCCAAGCACAAGGACAAAACGGAAGCAAAAGCCGAGACGAAAACAGAGGCGCCAAAGUCGGAGCCAAAAGUGGAUUUAGAGGCACCAAAGUAG